AUGCGUCGAGACGUGCAAUGUCUUCGAGCUGUGGCCAUAAUCUCUGUGCUUCUCUACCAUCUCUUCCCUACUUUGUUCCCUAAUGGAUUCUUAGGAGUCGACGUGUGAGUCUGUAGAACCUCUUUCUAUACCAGUUCUUUCCAGAUUUUUCGUCAUUUCCGGAUACAUCAUGGCUCGGAAGUUAUCAAAAGAUACAGUUUUCAAGUUCAAGUUCAACUACAUUUGGAAUACUGUAGUUGAGGCAUUCGAUUUCUAUUAUCGGAGGUUUUUUUUUCCCAGUCUUUCGUUUUUCAACAGGAUUGACCAGGAUAAAGCGAAUCUGCCCGAUGUACUACUUGUUCGUGGCAGCGACGAUGGUCGCAGUUCAUCUCUGGCAGUCGGACUCCUGGUGGCCCACCAACUAUCGCUACUCGUUGGCCUCGUUGUUCUUCAUCACCAACCAGCUGAUCAUCCACGACAGUGGCGACUACUUCAAGGAGGUAGCCUCCUCUGUAAGAAAUUUGGUUGAAAUAUGGGGUUCAGUUUCUUGCUGACGGCACCUCCAUGAACACCUUCGUGCAUUGUUGGUCCCUCGGCGUAGAAAUGCAGUUUUAUCUUCUCGUUCCGCUCAUUUUCAUCGGCUUGUCUCUUUUCAAAUCCGACCUGAUAAAGGUUUUUCUGACUCAACUCGGUGAUCAAAAAACUAUUCAUUCAGCUUCUAUCAGUUUCUAUCGGAUGCUUAUCCGGUCUGGUCCUGUUCAACUCUAUCAAUCAACAGUUCGCCUUCAACUUUAUGUUUGCUAGACUUUGGCAGUUUUUCGCCGGCUUUGUUGCAUUUUACGCGGCAAAGUGCCAGAUGAGUUUGAUUCCGAAAAAGAAAGGUUUCACAAACUUUUGUUUUGACUUCAUUGGAAAAACUGCAGAUUCUGAGCAGCUCGACUUGAGUAAUGUCUCCGUCGCCGCUUUAUUGCUCUGCUUCUUCCCCAUGGAGAUAUCAGCAGUUUACUUGAGGCCGUUCAUCACCUUUCUGGCUGCUUUUGUCAUCUACAGCGAAAUGGAGAAAAACAACAGAGUAUGUUGUGCGGCAAGUAACGCUUUUGAUUCUGAACUACAGGUCCUCCGAUCAAAAGUUUUGCACUACAUUGGAGAUCUCUCCUACACCAUAUAUUUGAUUCACUGGCCAAUAAUCACUAUUUUCCGUUCUUCUUCAUUGCAGUCCAAGUACUUCUGCGUAGGCAAGUCCUUUCUGGGAAAAUGAGGAAAGAUUAUGUUCUUUUCUUUCAGCUGUGACGAUACUUCUGGCGGUUUUUCUGCAUGAACUUUUCGAGAAAAACUAUUUAAAGUUGGGACCGAUCUCUGCGAUUUCUUUGAUAGUCGUUUUGAUAGGGAUGAAUGCUUGGUUGCAAUACAGCAUCAGAACUCAUGAUUUCUGGAAGACGAGUUAUUCCGAAGGUUCCAGCAGACACUGCUGUUUCAGAAACUGAUACCUGUUCAUGUUCAGAAACAAUGUCCAUCGUGACGGCUAAUCGUCGUUUCAUGGACCCGAGCUGGGUCAGAAACAACUGCCAAGAAAUGAAGCCGGUGCCUGAAGUCGUCCAGCCUUCGUUGACCUUCGGUCAUUGCGUCUUCGCGGUUUCGUAACCCUCUUCUAUCUUUGAAAAGAGAACCUUACAGCCGGGCAAAGGCAAUCUGACGGUUCUUCUGAUCGGCAACAGCUACACACUCAACCAGGCUGAAGUCAUCCGUCAGCAGUUCAACGAGAACUACUCCACCUUCCAGUAUCUCUCCCUCGACAGUUCGUUUAUCACCUUUUUUUUUACAAAAUUGCUUGAUAAAUACUAAAUACCAGAGAAAAGACAUCAUUGUAAGAACCAUUUUUUUAUUGAUUACAAUCAAUGUAAGCUUGGCUAAAAAAAUAAAUGGAUUUCAAUCCCAAAAUUUUCCUUUUUUUAAAUAAACAGUCUUGCUCGCUAUGGUUAGAAUCCCCUUUUGGUUAGAAAGUUUUAGUCGAAAAAUUGUCAUACCAAUAAUUUUAACUAUAUUCUAGUUUCUUAAUUUUGCCUAUUUCUACAACUUUGAAUAAAAACAGAAAACUUCGCGAUAUCGGCUUUUCCGGACGACAUCUCGAGGAACGCAUUGGUCGCCACGAAACGCGUCGUUUCCGAAGUCCAGCCCGACCUUCUCUUCAUCGUCCACAGGUUUUCAGAUGAUCUUUGUCUUUUAUCCACCUGAUUACAGAAUGAUUUUGCAACAACCGGCUCUUACAAACGUCCAAGAAGAUCCGAUCCUCGCUGAGUACAACGAAAAUCUCAACCACUAUCAGAAGUAUCUUUUAUUGUUGGCUCCACUCUUUACAACUCCAAUUCAGAUUUGCGAAGAAGAUUCUGAUCAUGGACGCUCAUCCAUAUUACCCGAUCAACUUUUUGAACUUUUUCAUUGAGUACGUCAUUAGUAGACCUCAAGACUUGGAACAACUUCAUUUAGAUAAAAAAGUUUGCUUUUUCUCAACUUAAAAAAAAUUUAAUUUUUCCAGGUUGCUGAUAAAGCAAUGAGUCAUGCGAAAAAAAGGCUGAAAAACAUUAAGUGCGAUAAAUGCGAGGUUAAUUUUUGCGUGAUUAUUCAAUUAUCAGUCAUGCAUGGAACUGAAAGCUGCUUUGCAGGUGUACGAUCUGUCGGAACCUUUCCUCGAACAAGACAAGUACCUGGCCUUCGACAGGGACACCUCUCUGUCCUACAUCGACAACGGGAUCCACUUCACAGAGGAGGCUCUCAAACUGAUCGCUCCCUUUUACAAGUCGCUCAUCUCACGCGUCGUCCAAAAUUUGAAUUAA